AUGACCAUCGACGCUGAUCCAAAGGGAGAACCUACACAGGCUCCAUCAUGGAAUAACAUCGUCACCCAAAAGCGCACUAUCCAACUAGACCUCAUCCCGGAGCCCUGGCGACUCCCAGCCGAGCUCACCACAGCAUUCUGCAAACGGGCUGCGAUCUCCCAGCAGGUGAAUAAAUGUCUGACGGAGAUAUUCUUUGAGAGGGCGAUUCAGAGGGCCAAGAAUCUUGAUGAGAUACUCGCGCGGACUGGUGAGGUUAUUGGGCCUUUGCAUGGUAUUCCUGUUUCCGUUAAGGAUCGGUUCGAUGUUGAGGGGGUUGAUACUACUGUUGGUUGGGUUGGUCUUACAAACAAGCCUGCCCAGUCGAACAGUUCCGUUGUGCAGUUACUUGAAUCUAUGGGCGCGGUGUUAUAUGUCAAGACUAAUGUGCCGCAAUCCCUUAUGAUGUCCGACUCAUACAACCACGUCUUCGGCCAAUCCGUCAACGCAUUCAACCACGCCCUCAUCUCCGGCGGCAGUUCCGGUGGCGAAGGCGCCCUCAUUGGCAGCAGAGGCAGUAUCCUAGGAGUCGGCACUGAUAUCGGUGGCUCAAUCCGUGUUCCAUCGGGCUUGCAGGGUCUAUACUCCAUUUGCCCGACGACAGGUCGAGUACCAUGGGAUUGUUCCUUUUUACACCAACACUACCUGAUCCCUCCAGUCGCCGGACCAAUGGCUACAUCCCUCGCUACGACGGAAUAUUUCAUUGAAAGUCUCCUCAAGUCCGAUCCGUGGAAUAUUGACCCCGGUGCUAUUCCCAUCCCCUGGAGAAAGGAAUUAGCAGCCCCGCCGACGAAUCGGAAGCUGAAGCUUGGUGUUGUCUUUGAUGAUGGGGUUGUCAAACCGCAGCCGCCUGUUGCGAGGGCGAUGCGUGAGACUGUCGAUGCUUUGAGGGCGGCUGGCCAUGAAGGUACAUAUAUCAGCUUGACAUAUUUGCUAUGCCCGAAAGCUAACAUAAUGCAAGUAAUCGAAUGGGACACAGCCCUCCACGCCCCCGCCACGAACCUCUGGACGAGAGGUAUUCUCGCAGACGGCGGCCAACACUGUCACAGUCUCUGUCAGAUAGUCGACGAGCCAUUGAUUGAAGGGAUGGUCGUGGGAACAGAUAAAGAUCUACUGACUAUUCAAGAGCGAGAAAAGCUCGAGGAGACUAAAUACGCCCUCCAAACCACAUUUCUGAAACAGUGGGUUGGUUCGGGCAUUGACGCCCUUAUCAUGCCCGUCCUGCCGUGGGUGGGCUACAAGCCCAAGACUUGGGUCCGCAGUAAACAAUGGCUGGGGUAUACGGCCAUGUGGAAUUUGUUGGAUUAUGCCGGUGUCACUGUCCCUGUCACCAGGGCUGAUCGGAUUCUUGACUCUGUUGGGAAUGGGCUGGAUGUCGAGUGGGAGGGUCAUUCUAUUCGGAAUGAGUCUGAUGCUUUCAAUUACUUGCAGUGUGAGUUUUGUCCCGUUUUACAUCGAGAAAUGAAGUAUGCACAUGCUGAUGUUGAUUCUGUUACAGAUGAUAUCAAUCUCGUGCAUGGAAUGCCUAUCUGUGUACAGAUUGUCGGUGGCCGUUUUGGAGAGGAAAAGGCUGUUGCUGUUGGAAAGGUUGUGGAUGAGUUGAUGAAUCCUACUCCUUUCCAUUCAUAA